AUGCCAAGUCACAGCAACAGCGAGGUCGCAUCGAUAAAGAACUAUGGCUACAAUCGCACCCGAGACGGUUCCGAGGAGGAUCUCUUCCGAGGCCUCAACAGCUAUCGUGUGAGCGGUACGCGCAACCAUGAGUUCAAGACGUAUCUGCUGGACGGAAAGAUUGAGAAACCGUGGACUGCGGACAAGAAAUACAAAGCGCCUCGCAAGGGCAAUUGGUAUAUCCUGGGAGGGCUUCUCCUUGCGAUAGCUCUCAGCGCUGUGGUGAACUGGAGGAUCGCGGUCGGCGUUCCCAACCACGAGUAUUGUCUAGUCUUGGACGAUUCCUUCACCACCCUCGAUAAAUCCAUCUGGCGUCAUGAAGUCCAACUUGACGGGUUUGGUACGGGCUCAUUCGACUGGACAACAACUGAUGGCCGAAACGCCUUUACUGAUGGAGAUGGACUUCACAUCGUUCCCACCUUCACAACGGCCACAACCGAUAUUACCGAAAGCCAAAUACACGAUGGUUUUCAUCUGAACUUGGGCCAGUCAAAACAAGGUGACGGUUCAUGCACCGCCGAGAAAAAUGCCCAAUACUAUGCCAAUGAAUGCAGCAGGAAAUCCAACAUUUCCUCCCACGCAAUCAUAAACCCCGUGAGGUCAGCACGCCUUACGACGCAAGGUGCAAAAUCGAUCCAGUAUGGUCGUGUUGAAGUCGUGGCCAAGGUGCCAAAGGGCGAUUGGCUCUGGCCGGCAAUCUGGAUGAUGCCAGAAGAGAGUGUCUAUGGAAUCUGGCCAUUGAGUGGCGAGAUUGAUAUUAUGGAAAGUCGCGGUAACGCCCGUGGCUACAGAAACGGCGGAAGAGAGACGGUCUCCAGCACGAUCCAUUGGGGUGAGCGAAACUCGACCGACAACUUCUACAGAACCACCCAAAAACACAAAAUUCAAAGAACAGACUAUUCCGAAGGCUUCCAUACCUUCGGCAUGGAGUGGUCUGAAGAUUACCUUUACACAUGGGUCGACAAUCGACUUCAGCAAGUUCUCUACGUCGACUUCACGAAACAGGAUCUAUGGCAACGCGGCCAUUUCCAAGGUGACUACGAAAACGCCACGCAACUCACAAAUCCCUGGUUCAACGGAAAGAAGAAUGCACCUUUUGAUCAAAAAUUCUACCUGAUUCUCAAUGUUGCGGUCGGGAGUCGCAACGGCUGGUUCUCAGACGGGGUCGGUCGCAAGCCAUGGGUUGACGGAAGAGACUCUGCAGCCUCUGACUUCUACGGCGCCAGAUCCGAGUGGGAACCGAGCUGGGGAACGGGAAAUGACCGCGGUCUGACGGUCAAGAGUGUCAAAAUGUGGCAGCAGGGUAAAUGUAACACAUAG